CAACCACAGGUCCUCCAAACCAUCGUUAUUGCCUGCCAAAAGACGCAGAAUGGCAGCGAAAACCACCGCUGCCGCCGUAUUCGAAGGCCUGAAAGGCUCAUGGCGGCUCCGCAGAUCGCUGAACAGCCAAUUGGCAGGCUUCCCCUCAGGCAUCUUCGAAGGCAUAGCAAAAUUCACACCACGCACUCCCACUGCCCACUCUGCUGCAGGCGAACUAGUAUACUCAGAACAGGGAGAACUCAAAACCGAUAAUGGAUUCACCUUGAAAGCCAACCGCAAAUAUGUCUACAGGUACGACGCCGACGAAGACAAAAUUUCCGCGUGGUUCAUCAAAGAAGACACCAAAGCCCAAGAUGGCGCAGAAGAAGUUGACUACCUAUUUCAUGAUCUCGAAAUCGAUGCCGAAGGCAAUGGUGUUGCGGGUCGUGGCGAGCAUCUGUGCGAACUUGAUAUGUAUUGGGCGUACUAUGAGUUUCGACUACCGAAAGUUGCUGAGGUGGGAGGUGAUGAGAAGAUGAAUGUUUUUGGGGUGAGGUAUAAGGUGAAGGGACCGCAGAAAGAUUAUACGAGUGAUACGGCGUAUACGAGGACGUUUUCUGGUGAUGUUGCGGUGUUGUGAAGGAUGGGUCGAUGGCAAACAAGCCGGCUUGGGUUUUCGCAUUCACGGAGAGAUGGUAUGCAAUGGUGUCGCGCAUUGGCACUCUUCACGACAGCAAGCUCCUACGACUUUCUUAAUGAGCUCUGGACGGCG